CUGCGCCUGCGCCGAAUUUCCCGCAUGCUCAGUAGCUGCUGUAGGUUUGUCCUACAUCCCCCAACGUACGACCUAUUGACAGGAAGGCGGCCAGGACUGAUCAUGGCUUCCAGUCACACCGUGUUGAUGCGGCUUGUAGCCUCAGCUUAUUCAAUCGCUCAAAAGGCAGGAACCAUAGUCAGACGUGUUAUUGCUGAAGGAGACCUGGGUAUCGUGGAGAAGACCUGUGCAACAGACCUGCAGACCAAAGCUGACCGAUUGGCACAAAUGAGCAUUUGCUCUUCGCUGGCACGGAAAUUUCCCAAACUAACAAUAAUAGGGGAAGAGGAUCUGCCUUUUGAAGAAGUGGGCCAAGAGCUCAUUGAAGAUGGUCAGUGGGAGGAGAUACUGCAGCAGCCGUGCCCAUCCCAGUACAGUGCUAUUAAAGAAGAAGAUCUUGUGGUCUGGGUUGAUCCUCUGGAUGGUACCAAGGAAUAUACUGAAGGUCUUCUCGACAACGUGACCGUCCUUAUUGGAAUUGCUUAUGAAGGAAAAGCCAUAGCAGGAGUUAUUAACCAGCCAUAUUACAACUACCAGAACAAUGAAAAGCAGAAGUUAAGGGAACACAAGAAUGAAGCAAAGGCAGGACCCGACGCCAUGUUGGGGAGGACAAUCUGGGGAGUUUUAGGUUUAGGUGCCUUUGGGUUCCAGCUGAAAGAGGCGCCUGCCGGGAAACACAUCAUUACAACGACCCGCUCGCAUAACAACAAGUUGGUGACUGACUGUGUCACCGCCAUGAACCCUGAUGACGUGCUGCGCGUGGGAGGAGCAGGAAAUAAGAUCAUUCAGCUGAUUGAAGGCAAAGCCUCUGCGUAUGUAUUUGCGAGUCCUGGAUGUAAGAAGUGGGAUACUUGUGCUCCAGAAGUCAUUUUACAUGCUGUGGGAGGCAAGUUAACCGAUAUCCAUGGAAAUGCCCUUCAGUAUAACAAGGAGGUGAAAUACAUGAACUCCGCAGGCGUCCUCGCCACACUGCGCAAUUACGACUACUAUGCAAGUCGGGUUCCAGAGUCUGUGAAAAAAGCACUUGUUCCUUAAAGGAAAACCU